UAGGCCACUUGAUUUUGUCAGGAAUCCUGGCUAUGGCUGCCAAUUCCCCUCUUGCCCUGCUGCCCAUUCCCUGCGGCAGCAAGUGCUCUCGCUGUUGCGCUUUGGUGGGAUUCGACCGAAGCCACUCAGCUCUAGAAGCGGAUUUUAGGAGCUGCUUUUGCGGUAAAGUUCUCCAGCUGCUUUGCUUACGCCCUCUUCGUACAUUCUUGCAAUUCAAAAGGAGGGGAAUUUGAUUGGGACGCAUUGGUCUGUGACAAGGUGGAGAGAGGCGGGAUUUUGCUGCUGCAGAUUGAGUCUGAGAGAUGGUUCAGUUGUCUUGGAGGAGGUGUUCGUGUAGAGGAAAAUUUUUCAUGAGACUUUUGCACCGUUUUAGUGUAGAAGUGAUGUUAUUGUAGGCUCUUUUGAGCUCCCGAAGCUCAUCAGCCAGUUAUGGGAUUGAUGGUGAAUACACCAAGCUUACUGUGCUCGGUGACUCCUUCUUCUCUCACUGACCUCCCUUGUUCUCCUUUCCGUGCCCACGCGCAAGCGCUUACGUUAGCAAUGCUCACAUCCCAUCCUUGUCCCACGAGAAAUUCGCUUCGAAUUUGUGAAGCCUCUGGAGUUCGAAGUAGCAGUGCUGGAGUUGAAUCGUGCCGUGUCGAUAACAUGUCGGCGUCGUGCAAUUGUCCAUCAUUACAUGCGGUGUCUGGAGUGCAGAGGCACACUUCAUACUAUCAAUGCAGGUUGCGAAGCAAUCUUCUCAGGUCGAAAGGAGCGAGGUCUGAAGUUGGAGGACAAUAUAUUAGGUUGAAAUGCCGUAGACUGAACGUGGGAGUGGAGCAGUUGACGACAGGUUUAGGUUGUAUUGGUUGCAGGAAUUGUCAUGUAAAGGCAGGUUUUUUGCCCAAGGCGAUCAAGGAGAGGACAUUUCUGGAAGGUAGAAACAACGGAAAUGGUAAUCACAUCAAUCUAACUAAUUAUGAAUCAGUAUGUACUCUUCUCGCCGAGUCUCGGUGCAGAUCGACAUUCAAGAGGCACGCAGGAGUGACAAAAUGUUCUUUAGUAGACGGUUUUGAACUAGAUUUAAGCUCAGAUCAAUUAAGUGAAGCUGAGGUACCGCAGUCUUCCAAAGGGGUUUUUCCUGGUGGUUUGAGGAGAGCAGAAGUGCGUCUACCAGGCUUAGUUCUUCGCGUUAGGUUGGAGGAAAUGCGAAGUGAAGAAGAGAAGGUUCUCCUCCUUGAGGAAAUCAAUGCUGCAGUGAUUGGAGGGGUCACAAUGAUUAUUUUGGAAGACAGUAGCGAUGCAGGACCUGGAGGUGCCAAGCUAUACGAUGCAGGGUGCAUGCUGAAGACGAUGCUACGCGGCAGGGCAGAGCUCUUGAUUUCAGAGAGGGUUGAUAUUGCUGCCGCUUCUGGAGCAGAUGGAGUGCUUCUAACAGAUGAAGGAUUGCCAGCGGUGGUAGCCAGGAGAAUGAUGCAGAAUUCAGGGUUGGAGACACCUGCAUUACCUCUAGUAGCUCGCUGUGUGUCAUCAGUUCAAUCCGCUCUAACAGCAACUGCUGGCGAAGGAGCUGAUCUACUCAUUUUAAAAGUCAGCGACAAGGAAAAAAGUAUCGUUAAAGGAGUCUGUGAUGGAAUCACUAUCCCUGUGUUCUUAGACAUCUCAGGGUCGGGGGUUGCACAUUCAGAUACUGGAAUGGACCUCCUACAGGAUGGAGCAAAUGGUCUAGUCCUGAAUACGAUUGAUAUUAGAAAAGCUGGCGAAGGAGACCUGCCCAGUUUUGUGUCAUCUUUGAUUGCUUCUAUCAAACUGGCCAUCAAGAACAGGACAGAAAUGGAAGAUAGUAACUUGCCAGAGAAGAGGGUGCAGACUAGAGACGUGGACGUGGAAGAGGAUGGGGCUUUUUUUGAGCUUUCGGAGGAUGUCGAAGCAUUGAACCUUGACAUGGAAGAGGAUUCCGUGAAGAAGAAAGCGAAGCUGAUUCUCGAUGAAGAGCAUGUGCUUCUCCAAGAUAUGAUUGCAUUUGUGAAGGAGGCAUCACCUGACAUGGAGGAAGUUUCGCUGCUGGUCGAUGCCCUGAAGCAGUUGGAUGAACUAUUUUUAUCAGUCAUAGUGGGUGAGUUUAACUCAGGUAAAUCGUCCAUCAUAAAUGCACUCCUCGGAGAUAGAUACUUGAAGGAAGGAGUCUUGCCCACAACAAAUGAAAUUACAUUGUUACGACAUGCAAAUGAUGGAGAGGUCACAGAAGAGCGGGAAGAGCGCCAUCCUGAUGGCCAUUUUUUACGGUUCUUGCCAGCUAGUCUUCUCAAACAGAUGAACCUGGUGGACACUCCUGGUACAAACGUCAUCCUUCAGCGGCAGCAACGCCUCACGGAAGAGUUUGUUCCGAGAGCAGACUUAGUUCUCUUUGUCUUAUCAGCUGACAGAGCAUUGACUGAGAGCGAGGUGACAUUUCUGCGUUACAUUCGACAAUGGGGCAAGAAAGUUGUUUUUAUCUUAAACAAAACAGAUGCCUUAGCUACAUAUAGUGAGGUAGAGGAAGUUCGUAACUUUGUAAGAGACAAUGCUCAGCGGCUUCUUUCUGUGGAACAAACAGUUAUCUAUCCUGUUUCAGCUCGCCAAGCUCUACAAGCAAAGCUGUCAGCCCAGCUAGAAGAUGGCUCAGUAGAUGUAGCCCGCUUGUCAGAAGAUCCUCUUUGGAUUACGAGUGGUUUCAAAGAGCUGGAGGAAUUUAUUUUUGGAUUCAUGGGGGCAUCUUCUGAAAGGGGUGCGGAGAGACUGCGUUUGAAGUUAGAGACUCCAUUAGGUAUCAGCGUUGCACUUUUGGCGGCUUGUGACCAACAGCUGGCAGCAGAGGCUUUUAAGGCUGAAAGCGAUUUGAAAGCUCUAGAGGAUGUGUUAAAGCAGCUGCAAAGAUUUGAGGAGGCUAUGCUUAAUGGUGCAAUUCUUCAGAGACAGCGUACCUUGGCAGUGAUUGAAGCAGCCAAGGGACGUGCCACUAAGUUCGUUGAUUCAAUCCUGCGGUUAUCUAACGUUGAAGCGGUGCGGAAGUAUUUGCUUGGAUCUAGUCGUGCUCAGUCUAUGCCUGUAUCAAGUGGCUUCGACAGCAAAGUAAUUGGCUCUGCUGUUACUGAGACUCAGAAAUCGCUGGAGGAACACAAGGACUGGAUUGAAUCAAACAGCAACCGCCAACUGAGCAGUUACCGAUCUUUGAUAAUGAGUAGGUGGCCACAGGCGAAAGAAGAAUAUGGGUCGAGUGCGGAUAGCUUACCACUAGUUGAGCUGCGGAACAGAGACACAGAGCUUAUGGCUGAACAGAACAACAGUAGUCUGACCGUGCUGAAGGAUUUCGACACCAAUGCCGCCGCUAUACUUUUAGAACAAGAAUGCAAGGAAGUGGUCUUUAGUACAUUUAGUGGAGUUGGAGUAGCAGGAAUAUCAGCGUCCGUUCUAACAUCCAUUUUGCCUACCACUCUGGAGGAUCUUAUUGCUCUUGGAGUGUGCUCAGCCGGAGGAUUGGUUGGGGUUUGGAACCUACCAUCGCAAAGGGAGGCUGCGAAGAAAAAAGUUAGACGGGUUGCAGACUCUUUUGCAAAACAAAUUGAGGAAGCCAUGAAAGACGACCUGCAGAAAUCCAUCGAUGCCGUAAGAGCCGAAUUCCAGACCUUGGCAGCACCUUACCGCAAUGCUGCUGAAGAAAAGCUACGUCGGGUGAAGAUUUUGCAAGAAGAAUUGCUCAAGUUAGAUACUGAAUUGAAAAGAUUGAGACAGAGUGUACAGAGCAUCGGAACGUAAGCCUUCUCGUAUUUUGAUUUUUCCUUACUAAUCCGGCAUCCCCUUCUGGAGGUGUUCUUAUUCCGAAAUUUGCUAACUCUUCUCGUGACUAGAUAAUAGAGACGUUGCUCUUAACUUAAACAACCCUCUGCAUGAGUUUUUCACCCUAUGUAGGAGUAAGCACAUUGAGGAAUUCUAGUACUGGUUCUGAUGGGAAACUAUAGGGAAUUCGUCAGGUUCAGAGAGUUUGCACAAACAGUAGUGCAAACUCAGAAUCUUGUACUCAAAUUUUACUUUGUGCUACAGCUAAGCAGCACAAAACACCGACAGUACACAUCAACAUUGGGCUGUUUACUCAUAACUUAAUAUCUGAAGCUAUUUUACCCACGCAAUUUGAUCA